AUGCCUAUUGUGUCCAUUAAAAAUAUUAAAGUUGAAAUAAUACUUAUAAGAGAUUUAAUUAUCUUGCAUCUCCCUUUGGUUUACUUCUCUGUAUUCUUGGCAUGCUGCGCAUGGCCCACACAAAAAAUGAAGCCAGCAGUCUACGCAAAAAGUGCCUCCAAUUAUAUAUUUAUCCCGAAUUUUGCCUCUAUUCACAGCAGCACCUACACAGCAUAA